UAACCUCUGAAGGAAAUGUUCCUUUUUGUCUUCAUAGAAGGUGUUGAUUAUGGGCCAACGUUUAUGCAAGAACCUGAUCAUGUGAUCUUCCCCAUGGAUUCAGAGGAGAAGAAAGUGUCCCUCAGCUGUCAAGCCAGAGGAAAUCCUGCCCCAGCCUACAGGUGGCUCCGGAAUGGAACCGAGUUAGACAUAGAAAGUGAUUACCGUUACAGUAUGAUAGAAGGAAGCCUUAUUAUCAACAAUCCCAGUGAAAUAAAAGAUGCUGGGCAAUAUCAGUGUUUUACCACCAAUGUCUAUGGUAGCAUUUUGAGCAGGGAAGCCACACUUCAAUUUGCAUAUCUGGGGAAUUUCAGUGGACGAACAAGAAGUGCUGUGUCAGUGAGAGAAGGUCAAGGUGUGGUACUAAUAUGCUCUCCUCCACUUCACUCACCAGAGAUCAUCUAUAGCUGGGUAUUUAAUGCAUUCCCCUCCUUUGUGGCAGAAGAUAGCAGGCGUUUCAUCUCCCAGGAAACAGGCAACCUCUAUAUAUCCAAGGUGCAACCAUCAGACGUUGGGAGUUAUAUCUGCCUCGUGAAGAACACAGUGACAAAUGCCAGGGUGCUUAGUCCUCCAACUCCAUUAACACUUCGAACGGACGGAGUGAUGGGAGAAUAUGAACCAAAAAUUGAGAUCCAUUUUCCAUACACAGUUACUGCUGCUAAGGGAUCUACUGUUAGAAUGGAAUGCUUUGCACUGGGCAACCCAGUUCCAACAAUCUCGUGGAGGAAAGUUAAUGGCCCCAAUCCGAGCAAAGCCCGCCUGCGGAAGUCCCAAGCAGUGCUUGAAAUCCCGAACGUGCAACUGGAAGAUGCAGGGACAUAUGAAUGCAAAGCUGAAAAUUCCCGGGGAAGGAAUGUCUUCCGAGGACAGUUGCAAGUAUACACAUAUCCACACUGGACAGAGAGGCUGAACGAUACCCAGUUAGACAGUGGGGAUCAACUCCGGUGGGAGUGUAGAGCUUCUGGAAAGCCAAGGCCAACUUAUCGCUGGCUUAAAAAUGGGAAUACUCUACGGCCAGAGAGCAGAAUUGAGAUGGUUAAUGGUGUACUGAUGAUCCACAGUGUUAAUCAGUCUGAUGCUGGAAUGUAUCAAUGCGUAGCGGAAAACAAGCACGGAGCCAUCUAUGCUGGUGCUGAAUUGAAGAUUUUAGCUUCUGCUCCAACUUUUCCCCUGAGUCAACUGAAGAAGACCAUAAUUGUUACCAAAGGCCAAAAAGUCACUGUGGAAUGCAAACCACAAGCGUCUCCCAAAUCAACCAUUGGGUGGAAGAAAGGAGAAAAAAACAUGCGAGAAAAUAAAAGGGUAACUGUUCUUCCAGAUGGAAGCCUGCAGAUUCUGAAUGCCUCCAAAUCUGAUGAGGGGAAAUACAUAUGCCGAGGAGAAAAUAUAUUUGGUUCAGCAGAAAUUACAGCUUCAGUAUUUGUGAAAGAACCUACCAGGAUAGACCUGUCCCCCAAAAGAACUGAGCUCACGGUGGGAGAAAGCAUUGUCCUCAGCUGCAAAGCUUUUCACGACCCCACCUUAGAUGUCAUCUUUCACUGGAGUCUGAAUGGACAGCCUAUCGAUUUUGAAAAAGAAGGUGGACAUUUUGAAAGCAUCAGGGCGGUGAGAAUCAGUUAAAAUCCAUUUUCUUUGAUGAGUUUAAUGGAAUGCAACAUGCUGAACAAAUCUUCAGUGCAAAUUUGCAGAUAUGACUGAAUUACAAUUAGGAGAAGGAUG